AUGAAUAAUAGAAUACCUAAAAGAGUAGUUGUUGAAGAAAGUGAUAGUGAAGAUGAAGAACAAAGACAAUUUAAAAGGAGAAGAGAAAAUCAACCAACACAAAAUAUAACGGCACCAACACCUACACCAAAUAAUAAAAAUAGUAGUAGUAAUAGUAAUGGUAAUGGUAAUGGUGGUAAUAGGAGAAUGGAAUUUGUGAAUGGAAGUAUAGUAAGAAUUAAAUUAAAUAAUUUUGUAACAUAUUCAGACGUUGAAUUUAGGCCAGGACCUAGACUAAACGUAAUCAUUGGUCCGAAUGGGUCAGGUAAGAGUUCGAUAGUUUGUGCGAUUGCACUUGGACUAGGUGGCGGACCUAACCUAUUGGGUAGACAAAAACAGUUGGGCGAUUUCAUAAAGAAUCGAUGUAGUCAAGGUUACAUUGAAAUCGAGUUACACAAUGAGAGUGGUGAUAAUUAUAUCAUUAGAAGAGACCUAAAGAAGGAGGGUAACGGUAGUGAAUUUCAUAUCAAUGGAAAGUCAAUCUCAAAGAAUGACCUUAUAACAACCAUCAAGAAACUCAAUGUACAAGUUGAUAAUCUUUGUCAAUUCCUUCCACAAGAUAAAGUUGUUAGUUUCGCUUCAAUGUCACCAACUGAAUUAUUAAUUGAAACUGAAAAAGCAAUCAAUAUUAAUAAUAUGUAUGAAAAUCAUCAAGAAUUAAUUAGAUUACAAUCAAAUCAUCAAAAAGAAUCAACUACAUUUGAAGAAUUAAAAAAGAAUUUAGAUGAUUUGGUUAAAAAGAAUCAAUCAUUAGAAAAAGAUGUAGAUAAAUUUAGAGAAAGACAAAAGUUAUUAGAAUUUGUUGACAAAUUAAAAAGAAAAAGAACAUGGGCAAUCUUUGAAAAUGCAAGGGUUGCAUUCAUAAAAGCAAGAGAUGAUAAAGAACUAGCAGAAAAAACUGUUCAACAUGGUGAAUCACAAUUAAAACCUUUUAAAUCAAUUAUUAGUGAACAAACUAAAUCAAUUGAAAAAAGUAGAAAAGAAGUUCAUGAUAAUUCAACAAAAGUACAACAAACUGAAAGUGAAGUAUCAAGAUUAUCAUUAACAGAUGGUAAGUUGGUAAUUGUAGUUGAGAAUUUUUUAGCGGAAAUAGAUGGAAUACAACAACGUGAUAAAGAGAGAAAAGUUCAAAUUGCAAGAGUGACCAAAGAUAUUCAAGAUGAGACUACAAAGAUGCAAAGAUUACCAAAUGAUGAAGAUACCAAGAGAAAUGUGGAAAAGUUGAAUAGGGAAUUGAAAGAUUGUAAUCAACAAUUGGGUGAAUUGGAGAUUGAAAAGGAGGCAAAGAAUAGACAGUUCAAUAUGAUCAAUCAAGAGUGUACCUCAAUUCAAAGGGAGAUGUCACAAUUAAACAAUAUUCAAGCUCAAAAGUUAGAAUUCCUACGUAAUGAUCAAAGAGACGUUUAUUCAGCAUACGAAUGGUUAAGACAAAAUCAAAAUCUAUUCAAACAGAAAGUGUUUGGUCCGAUUUGUAUGGAGAUUAAUGUACAGAAUCCUGAACAUGCCGCAUUCUUAGAGAUGACAUUAAGUUUUAAUCUAAUGAUGACAUUUGUUUUCCAAUCUAUGGAGGAUCGUGAAACUUUUCACAGCAAUAUCAUUGAUAAUGGUAAAAAGUUAAGAGUAAACACUUUGGUCAGUAGGGGAGGCUUCAAAAUGGAGCGUGUUAAUAAUAUUGAAGAUUUCAGAUCCAUUGGUGCCACGCAUUAUUUAGAUGAAACAUUUGAAGCUGAUCAAGUUGUAAAAAAUGCAAUCAUGGAUAGUAUUCCAAUUUUCAAGAGUAUUGUAUUCGAUAGACGUGCAUUGAAUAAUGAAGAUACUAUUACCAAACAUAUCAAUUCUUUCUUCACUCCAAAUGGUUCCUACUAUACCACUUAUUCAAGAUAUGGUGAUAGAAAACCAACCACACGUGUAUCCAAUUUCAAGGUUGCAAAAUGGUUGUCUGGUAUAAACACUGGUAAGAAAGAUGAACUUCAAGAGAAAUUUCGACAAGCAAAGGUACGUCUUGAUCAAGAGAGGCUAUCAGCUGAGGAAAUUAGACAAAAACAAAAUCAAAUCACUGCAACUCAACGUAACAUCACAGAGGAGAGGAAUAAAUGUAAUGCAACCAUUGAUGAUCGUCGUAAAUGUUAUAGUAGAAUUCAAUUUUUAGCUAGAAAAUUAGAGGAAUUAAAUACCGAGGAGAACAUUGAAGAGGAAGAAAAGAAAAUCAGGCAAAAACUAAGGGAGGUCUAUGCAAAGAGAGCUGAUACUCUAUCAGAGAUCACUGAUAAAUUAAGAGAUUAUUUCAAACAUAUGGGUUCCCGUGAUCAUACUUUAAUCACCCUCAGUAGACUCGAAGCUAAAUUACGUUCUGAGGAGGACAGCUUGGCACGUGAGAGUGCAAAGCUUGAAGCUGAUAAAACGAGACUAGCGGAAUUGGUCAAAUAUUUCGAUGACUGUGUUAAAGAGGCUAAAAGAUUGAAAAGCGAAGCAGAGAAAAUCGUUGGCCCUUUAACACUCGAGGUUCAAGAGGAGUUUAAAUCAAUCAGUUUCCAUUCUCUCGAGGAGAUCGAUAGAGAAAUCUCAGCCACUGAAACUAAAGCAAAUUUCAUCAUUUCAAAUAAUCCAAAAGUUUUGGAAGAAUAUGAAGGGAGAAAGAGAGAAAUUCAAGUGAUUGAGGACAGAAUAUCCUUUCGUCAAAGAGAGUUACAAGAUAACGAUAAACGAAUGGGCAGAUUAAGAGAGGAUUGGUUGGUACCUGUAAAAGAGUUUAUCUCUCAAGUCAAUACAAGUUUCUCACAAUAUUUCAAGGCGAUCAAUUGUUUGGGUGAAGUUCAUCUAGGUUUCGAUGAACAACAUCCCGAUGAUUAUUCAAAAUAUUUUGUGGAUAUUCGUGUUAAAUUCCGUAAUGAAGAUUCUUUGAAAACUUUGAAUGCUCAAUUACAAUCUGGUGGUGAAAGAUCAGUUAGUACCAUGUUGUAUCUAAUCUCUCUACAGGAUUUAACAACUUGUCCUUUUAGAGUGGUAGAUGAAAUCAAUCAAGGUAUGGAUCCAAAGAAUGAAAGAAUGAUUUUCGAACAAAUCGUUAAAUCCGUUAGUAGUGAAGGUUCUCCUCAAUACUUUUUAAUCACUCCAAAAUUACUUCAUAAUCUACAUUAUUCACCUGAAACAACCGUUCUUUGUGUUUUCACAGGUCCUUGGUUUAUGUCUCAAAAACAAUGGAAUGAAAUACUUAAAAAAACUAUGGAAAAAAGAUCUGGUCGUCCGCAAUUACAAAAUAAUAAUAAUAAUAAUAAUAAUAAAAAUAAUAAUAAAGCAACAAUCCAAGAAGAAUUUGAUGACGAAAAUGAUGAUGAUGAUGAUAGUUCUGAUGAAUAA